AUGCAUUGCCAUGAACCGUCGGCCACAGGUGUUGCAUGCGUUAAACAGGGUUACCUCGAACUCGCACAGACAAGCCACCAAAUUGGCCCAGUUGCCUACCACGAUUAUCACGGUAUCGUUGUCGAUCGAGGCGAACAGAAGAGCCUCGUCGAAGACCUUGGCGACAAAAAGAUUCUCUUCCUCAAGAAUCACGGAGUCUUCACUGCAGGGGAGUCUGUGUCAUCCGCACGGUGUCUCAUGUAUCAGCUCUUGAAAGCUACUGAGAUACAGUCUCACGCGUCAGCUUGCGCUUUGGGAAAUGAGGACAACUUGGUCUUGCCGGCGGCAGAUACGGUCGAAAAGACAUUCGAUGUCGUGCAACACAAGCAAUUUUCUGGAGCCCCGUAUGGCGUGAAAGAGCUUUCCGUCUACAUGAGAUGGCUCGACAAGAUGGACCCGUCGUAUAGGUUAUGA